UCCAGCGGUGUGAAGGCCAGCGGUGUGAAGGCCAGCGGUGUGAAGGCCAGCGGUGUGAAGGCCAGCGGUGUGAAGGCCAGCGGUGUUGAGGCCAGCGGUGUGAAGGCCAGCGGUGUGAAGGCCAGCGGUGUGAAGGCCAGCGGUGUGAAGGCCAGCGGUGUGGAGGCCAGCGGUGUGAAGGCCAGCGGUGUGAAGGCCAGCGGUAUGGAGGCCAGCGGUGUGAAGGCCAGCGGUGUGAAGGCCAGCGGUGUGAAGGCCAGCGGGGUGGAGGCCAGCGGUGUGAAGGCCAGCGGUGUGAAGGCCAGCGGGGUGGAGGCCAGCGGUGUGAAGGCCAGCGGUGUGAAGGCCAGCGGUGUGAAGGCCAGCGGGGUGGAGGCCAGCGGUGUGAAGGCCAGCGGUGUGAAAGCCAGCGGUGUGAAGGCCAGCGGUGUGGAGGCCAGCGGUGUGAAGGCCAGCGGUGUUGAGGCCAGCGGUGUUGAGGCCAGCGGUGUGAAGGCCAGCGGUGUGGAGGCCAGCGGUGUUGAGGCCAGCAGUGUGAAGGCCAGCGGUGUGAAGGCCAGCGGGGUGGAGGCCAACGGUGUGAAGGCCAGCGGUGUUGAGGCCAGCGGUGUUGAGGCCAGCGGUGUGAAGGCCAGCGGUGUGGAGGCCAGCGGUGUGAAGGCCAGCGGUGUGGAGGCCAGCGGUGUGGAGGCCAGCGGUGUGAAGGCCAGCGGGGUGAAGGCCAGCGGGGUGAAGGCCAGCGGGGUGAAGGCCAGCGGUGUGGAGGCCAGCGGUGUGAAGGCCAGCGGGGUGAAGGCCAGCGGGGUGAAGGCCAGCGGGGUGAAGGCCAGCGGUGUGAAGGCCAGCGGUGUGAAGGCCAGCGGUGUGAAGGCCAGCGGUGUGAAGGCCAGCGGUGUGGAGGCCAGCGGUGUGAAGGGUGUCUCGUCUUUAUAA